GAUUGCAGCCAGAUCUUCAGAGGCGUGACGUCACCACACCGGCGCGUGCACUGCACGGCGGCGAAAGGCACACGCAAUUCGUGGGAGGAGAGGGCGGCACAAGUAACUGGGAGGACGAAUUCGAACCCGAGACUGAAAUAAAAGACGCAAGGGGAAAAGGGAACUGGAAUGAAUUAAGUGAGUCCAGCUCACGUUGGCGGCGCGCAUACUAAACGUGUAGCGUGCGCUACAUGCCAAAGAGUCUCCUCUGUAACUGGGGCUGAAUGAAUAACCAUGGCAACAGCAGCAGUAGCAGCAACGAGCUGCUCGUGGCAAUAAACACUUAUCUACUGUAAUCGCGUAUCGGCAGACCUUGGACAUAAAUACGGGCGCAGGGGAAGGGAACACCGCAGACCAGAGCCUCUGUACUGCAGAAGUGUGCCAGGUGAUGAACUGGAUCAGAUCAUGUCUGAAGUACAGGGGACUGUCGAGUUUUCUGUGGAGUUACACAAAUUUCAUAAUGUGGAUCUCUUUCAGAGAGGGUUCUACCAGGUGCGAGUCUUUUUGAAAAUAUCCCCUCGCAUUCCGCACAGACUUAUUGCAACAAUCCCUGCUGGAACAGAGGAAUCAAGUCCUACAUCUCCUUGCAUUCAUGAUAAUGUAGUAUUUAGCAGGGUAUUUCAGAUACUGUAUAGAAAUGAAGAGAUAGUGGUGAAUGACCAGAUGAACUUUCGGAUCCAUUUACUUUUGGAUGGAGAAAAAUUGGAAGAGGCUCUGAGUGAAGUGGACUUCCAGCUUAAGCUUGACCUACAUUUUACAGACAACGAGCAUCAGUUAGAUGAUAUUGCUACAGUACCUAUGAUAAGCAGCAGAACUCUUGGUCUUCACUUUCACCCUAGAAGAGGACUGCACCAUCAUGUACCUGUUAUGUUUGACUACUUCCACCUGUCUGUCAUAUCUGUCACAAUUCAUGCGUCUCUGGUUGCCCUACAUCAACCACUAUUAAGUUUUGCUCGUGCAGGCAAGGGCUCAUGGUUGGGAAAAGGUUCUGGAGAAAAUGGGAACGACCAAGUUUCUGUGUCAUUAGAGACCCUUGUAUUUGGAGCUGGAUAUUGUAAACCUAAUGUUACAGAGGGUAGCUUCUAUGUUCCAUCAGAAAAUUGUCUACAGCGUGCAUACUCCUGGCACAGAAGACUUUGUCGACUGCUAUUAGCUGCACACCGAGGCCUUCGAGCCUACUUUUCAGGUUUAAUGACAGAAAUUCCAGAGCUGUCACAAGUGGAACUUGAUGAUCUACCAAUUGAAGAAACGCUAACCCAGUUGUCAAUUGAACUUCAGGUUCAGAACAGCAAUGACAAAGUUGCUGAACAGAUUAGCAGAGAUUUGACUCAGCUCUGUUCACAUGUUAUUGCACUCUGGAGUCAAUUUCUAGAUGCUGUAACAUUACAGCCUAAUGUUACGUCAUACUUAUCGGAGGAGCACCACACAUUAAGGGUUAGAAGGUUUUCAGAAGCAUACUUUUUCAGUGAACAUCAAAAACUGGCAUCUCUAACAUUUCAGGAGGACCACAUCCAGCGGCAAAGUCAAAUAGCAACUGAUAUCCGUAAUUCAGAGUAUCUCACAAAGAUGCCACCUCUUCCUGUGGAGUGUUUGGAUAUAGAUGGUGACUGGAAUACUCUUCCCAUCAUUUUUGAAGACCGAUACAUGGAUCUUCCCAUGAUUAAUCAGGAUAUUGACAGUGCUGGAACAUCUUGUCUCCAGGCCUCUAAUACGGUAAACACAGCAGAAGAUAAAGAAAUGUCAAGUCCAGAAACCAUUUUCUGCAACAGUUCCUGUCCAAAUGAAGAUUCAGUAUCUGGGAAGCCAGCAAUAAACAAUAACAUUUCACUGUAUUGUACAGAUUUGUCAUCUGCAUUUUCAUUACAUGAAGGUCUUGUAGAAAGCAAUAAUAACAUUAAAGUUUCUGAUCAUUUAGAGGAAAAUGUCAGCGAGAUUUCUUGGGUUAAGCAGCUAGAAAGUUCUGAACUUAAACAAGAACUGUGUAGCCACACUGAAACUAGUAGUGCCAAAGAGAACAGCUCCAGUUCUGGUCUUAAAUAUAUUCAUGUCAGACCAAGUGAAUUGGAUCCGUAUAGAGGAGAAGCAGUUUUAAUUGUAUCAGCAACACAAGAGACUGAUUCAACAGACCUAAACAGGACUUCUGCAUCUUUUAAUUUAAAUUUAAAUGAGUCAGAACUGAAUGAAUAUGCUAUUAAUGCUUUAAUACAAUGCAGUCUAGAUGACAAAUCUGAGACAGGUAAUAAUGAAUGUAGCUCCAUUGCCCCAGAAGGCAAAUGUGCAACUGAUGCAGCAGUGCUAAGCUCUGGAAUGUAUGAAAAUAUAAAUACACUUUUGUCUGUUACACAUGCCUCAAAUGAGACCAGGAAUGUUACACAAGAAACUGAUUAUGAUACAACCAAAACAAAUUUGAAUUCAUCAAGUAAAGGUGACUUUGUCAUUAAGUCAAAGAGUAUGAAGAGGUCGUUGUCUUUAAUUUCUGAUUCAGGGAUUGAGAGUGAGCCCAGUUCUGUGGCCUGGCCAGAUGUUCGAAUAAAACCUCAAGAUUCCAUGAGUGAUCGAGAUCUUGUACAUCAGUUGGUUAGGAGACACGCAAUGCACCGCAACUCCCUCGAAGGCUGCCAGACUGAAAGUAAUGCUAGCCUACCCAGUGGAAUUCAGGCCUCUUUGACUUCUAUAAGCUCAUUGCCAUUUGAAGAAGAGCAACAGGACGUGGAACUUAGCAAACUGACAAAAUCGGUUUCUGCUCCGCAGAUCAGCAGUCCUGAGGAAAAUGAGGAUAUAGAAUGUGCUUUCCCGAAUCAAGAUAUAAGUGACAACAGUAUAAAAAUGUCUAAAACUUUAGAAGUAGCCACGGUACGGCAAAGUGAUCGUCUGCUUAGAAAUGCGUCCUCCUUGGAAGAUAUUCUGGAGGGAGACCUACCAGAGAGUGUUACACUUGCUUGGGACAGUAACAAAGAUGAGCACGAAAAUGAGUACUGUAAAGGCAAACCUGAUUUAAGCAUAAAAAGCCUUGGAUGGCUUAAAGAAGAUAAUGUAUUGUGUGAUAUGGCACUAUAUAAAUCUUUUAUUAAUGAAGCAACUCCUACAGAAACUGAUGAGUCAAUGGUUUCUCCAUACCCCCCACUAAAGGUUCUGGAUGAAAGACAUGAAGAAGACAUCAGGACUAUAAGUAUUUCUUCUCAGGUGUAUGACCCAAAAGAGGAAAGCUCUAAUAAAGUAACAGCCGCUUAUGAUUAUAAAGAUUGUGAUCAGAUUUGGAAUGAAACACUUAUGAAAUUUGAGGGUUUUACAGACACCUUAAACAAGGCUUCACUCUGUGAGAGAGAAAACUGUUUUCAUCAGAUUGAACUGAACGAGGAAGAUCAAGUACAACAAAGUACAUGCAGUGAAAACCAAGAAAAUGCACAGAAUUUAGAAACCUUAAAAGCUGAAAAUGAGUACAACUCCAGAGAUUGUAAAAGUAACACCCAUGAUUCUUCUGCAACCAGCCAAGGAAAAUCAUCAAAGACGUCAAAUUCUGGUUUAGCAUUUGUAAACAGAAAAGUAGUGGAGGUGGUAAAUAUGUCUGUUUCCUGUGCUCCAACAUGCUUGCCAUUCUCAUCUGUUCUCAGGGAUUCUCCAUCAGUUAGCGGACUUUCAAUGAGACAAGCCGUAUCUCCUAUAACUAGGCAACCAUUGGGAUCAUUUGGAAUUAUCUCUUCGAAUUCAUUUUGCAUCAUUGAAGAAACAAAUGAAAGAAUGCUAAAUUUUUGUAAAGCCAAAGAAGAUUUGCUUAAUGAACUGAAAUUUCAAGGGAUUCUAUACAGUGAUCUGCCACAGUUAGCUUCGGACAUGCCAUAUUUUCCACCUGAUGAAGAGGAAGAUAAUUUUGAAGAAGGCAUCCACUUAGUAGUUUGUGUUCAUGGAUUAGAUGGUAACAGUGCAGACCUACGAUUGGUGAAAACUUUCAUAGAACUUGGGCUACCUGCAUCAAAACUAGACUUUCUAAUGUCAGAACGGAAUCAGACUGAUACCUUUGCUGAUUUUGACACAAUGACAGACAGGCUGCUUGAUGAGAUAAUUCAACAUAUUCAGCUGUAUAACCUCACAAUACAUAGAAUAAGCUUUAUAGGGCACUCCCUGGGCAACAUCAUAAUUCGAUCUGUGUUGACAAGGCCACGCUUUCGCUAUUACCUGAAUAAGUUGCACACAUUCCUUUCUUUGUCCGGACCUCACUUGGGAACGCUUUACAAUAGCAGUGCUUUGGUCAGCACAGGUCUCUGGCUUAUGCAGAAGUUGAAGAAGUCUGGGUCUCUUUUACAGUUAACUUUUAGAGACAAUACUGAUCCUCGUAAAACCUUCCUGUAUUUGCUUAGCCAGAAGCCAGGAUUGCAAUAUUUUAAGAAUGUUGUUCUAGUGGCAUCUCCUCAGGAUCGCUACGUUCCUUUUCACUCGGCUCGAAUAGAGAUGUGUAGAACUGCACUGAAAGAUAGAAGUACAGGUCCUGUUUAUGCAGAGAUGAUAAACAACCUGCUGCAACCCGUCAUAGAGGCCAAGGAGUGCACUCUGAUUCGCCAAAAUGUGUUCCAUGCCCUGCCAAAUACUGCCAACACUUUGAUUGGAAGAGCUGCCCACAUUGCUGUUCUUGACUCAGAAUUGUUCUUGGAGAAAUUUUUUCUUGUCACGGGACUGAAUUAUUUUAAGUAGUCUCCUGAUUUUAAAUAAAUAACAGAUCAUU